CUUCAUCAUUCUGUCCUUCCUUUUGCAGUGUUCUGAGUUUUAUGGUUCCGACCACUUCGAUUUGCAUCUUUAUAACAUACCAGUAAGUAACAAUGUAAUCCUUCGCAUAAUUAACAGAUUUAAUGAAACACGUUCUUUUUUGUUGUUGCUGUAAAUCGAAUGUCACCUACUGUCACGCACGAAUGGUUAGAGAUCAUUGGAAUCGGAUUUGAAGAUUCUAGUUCUUCCAAGCCAACCACUAUUUCUUCAUCUCUCAGACAUGGCACCUAAAAUGAGAACCCGUGGAACCACAAGAACACUACAAUCCAGUAAGUAAAAGCGUUCACAUUUCUGUGCAUUGAAUGACAUGCAAUUGCAAGGUUUUUCAACAUCCCUGACACUUUCACACUACCAGUAUGAUUUGAUUUUCGAAUGGCUAUUAAUAAGUGAAUGUAUUCUAUGUACUUUUACCCAGGCAACGAUGAAGAGACAAAAACUAAUGUCCACAGUGAGGACUCUACAUUGGAGGUUGGUCAGGCAGUCAGGGGGAAGAGGAAAGCUUCAGGUUCAGGGAAGACUGGAAAACAGGAGAGUUCAAAGGGAGAAAAAUCACCUGAAGGACCACAGUACUGUCACUGGCUGAUGAAGUCAGAGCCAGAGAGCCGCUUUGAAAAUGGCAUAGAUGUCAAGGUAUUCUGUUCUCCUUAAUAAUAGGAUGGUGUCAUCUGUUUCAAGACCUGUUGCUCAAAAGUGAUGUCUUGUUCAGGAUAAAUUAUAUCUAGGCUGUUGUUACCAACUCAGAGGCUUUGUGGUUAAUGUGUCCCCCUUAGAUUGGAAGGUUGGGGGUUCUAUCCCCUGUCAAGUCAUACCAAAGACUCAAAAAAUGGAAACCGAUGCAUCUGCUUGGCUUUCAGCAUUAAGGAGAUGGAUUGGGAGUAAGGCCCUGCGACAGACUAGCAUCCUGUUUAGGGGGUAUACUUGUACAUCAAGCUGCCUAACAAUAUACAGAAACAGGAGAUAGGCCCCUGCCCUAUGGGUCGUUAUGGCUUGUUAUGGCUUACUUACUUUUACUAUGUCACAGUUUGGGAUCGAGGAUCUGAAGACUCUUCCCAACCAAACUGGGUGUUGGGAUGGUGUUCGGAACUACCAGGCCCGUAACUUCAUGCGAGACAUGAAAAAGGGGCAGCAAGCAUUCUUCUACCACAGCAACUGCAAGGAGCCUGGAAUAGCUGGAGUUAUGAAGGUCAGCCUCUACCUCUUCCUAUUUCUGUUGGUAAUAUACACUGUGUUUCAGGUAUGGUGCCUCUCACCUGCUUUCUCUUUUUCAGAUUGUAAAGGAGUCCUAUGUGGACCAGACUCAGUUUGACAAGAAAGAUGUCCAUUAUGAUGCCUCCAGCAAGGCAGACGACCCCAAAUGGAGUAUGGUAUGAAUGGUUUAAUGUUUACAUUUGUUAAUGUUCCAAAUGGCUUGAGAUCAAGAUACAUCACUGAUAUGUAACAGGCUUUUUAUCGCAAUCCAAUUUAAACCGUAUUAGUGCUUUGCUGGCUUGUUUCAUGUUUGACUGCCAGGUUGAUGUCCAGUUUGAGAGGAUGUUGAAGCGCUUCAUUCCUCUGUCUGAGUUGAAGAAGAUCCACCUGCAGCACAAGGCCAAAGGCGGGCCCCUGAAUGGCAUGGCUCUCUUCACCAGGGCCAGGCUGUCUGUCCAGCCCCUCACCAGUGGUAUGUGGAGAUCAGUGUCACUGAAUAAUAUGGUUGUCAAAUCAUGGUUUACAAAGCUUUUGUGUAAGUAAAAUCAUACCUUUUUAUUUUUUUCUCAGAGGAAUUUGACUUUGUCCUGAGUUUGGAGGACAAAGACCCACUGUGAAGAUUUUGACAAGAUGACCUGGAGAGAAUAGUUUUCCUGUCUUGUGUAUGAUGAUGCAGCUGCUAAUAUGUUUACUGUAGGUGACGUCUAUUGAACUAUUGUGCUUGUAUUGAAUGGAAAUUGUCUCAAGGUUUCUGUGUUUGUCAAGAGACACACUGGAAUUUAUUUCUAAUAUUAGAGGUUUAUAAAAUUAAGACAGUUCAUGUGUUUGCCUUCACUGUCUAAAGGGGAUCAAUUCGGUCUAAACAUGCAGAAUUUUCAUUUCCAAGAGUAAAGGCAAUCAAAUCAUUCCAUCAGUCCAUUGAAAUAUUUAUCAGGUGCACACAUUAACUUAUUCCUAUACCAAAACGAGUCUGUGGAUAACAAUGCAUUUGGCAUCAAUAGAUUAGUAAUUUGCAGAGCACAAAAAAUACAGGAAAACCUCAGGCUAAAAGAUGGGUGUUAAACGUAUUGAGGCAACAGGAUUUCAUUUGCUAGAUACACUUAGGCACGACAUUUCAAGUCUAACAUGAAAUAUACAGAAGACUUCUUACUAUCAGACCUCAAAUACAAGCACCUAAAAUCCCUGCCUAACACUAUUGGAAUGCUUAGGUAAAGCAUGUGAAUGGAAUGGUCAUAUUGUAGCACCGUCUGUAUGCUUUUCACUGUAUGACGGUUUAACGGCAUAAGAGGGUGAGAUUCAAUAGCUCUUAUUUGCAGGAUAAAAAAAUUAAUGGGUUAGUAAUACUUUAUCCAGCCCUCUCACUCAACAAAGAAAUUAGACACAAUGCAAUAGAAACCUUCCAUUGAUCUCACUGUGCAAUCAUUACACAAGGACUGAGAGAAUGUGUAUGCGGAGGAGCGAUGUAUACAUAUCAGUGCAAAGUUAGAAUUUCAGAUUUCAUUAUGACAGACCAAAUCAAAAUGUCAGGAAUGCAUUUGACUGGGUAUGGAAUGUUUUCAAAAUGCAUCGCUGUUACUCAGGAUUUCAACUCCCUAUGACCAUACAGUUUUGUAUACGGAGUUAGAAUCCAUUCAUAUAUAAAGCUAAAGCUAGAAAUAUAUAUUUUGUGACAAAGAAAGUUGAUCAUUUGAAGAUGACUGAUAAUUGUAUAAUAUUACAUU